AGCGGGCCUUUGCAUAUUUGGGAACGAUGCAAAACAGCCAGUAGUAUCGGUCUGCCGGGUUCAAUGAGCCUUUACAGCCGAUAAGACGUACGCUUUUGUCGGGGCGUGGCCUUAAUAUGGUUUUUUGGGGUGCAAUGUACCUUCUUAGGGCUUGCUGACUUUGUGGUGAGGCCGGACAAAGCUAGGUGAAAGCUCUACGUGAAGUGCUAUUUCACUAGUUAUGAGUGCCAUUGUUAUAGCAUAUAAACAAUAACACAACCGAGAGCUCUCUUUGGGGGGCCCAAGCUGCAGUAUGGCUUUUCCGCUUCACGAUGCGGCGCGAGCCGGCAACCUCCAGGCUCUGCACGAACUGCUCGCACAGCAAGUGGAUGUCGAUCAACGGGACAAUCUGCAUCGCACUCCAUUGCAUCUUGCCGCAUGGGCAGGGCACACGGAGGUCCUCAAGGUGCUGCUUGCGCAUGGCUGCAAGAUUGGGGCGGCUGCAGUGGAUGACAUGAACGCGCUGCAUUUCGCGGCACAAAAGGGCCACUCGGAAUGCGUCCGCCACCUCCUCAACGCCGGGCUUUACAUGGACUCCCGCAACCGGAAGGGCUUUACCCCGCUGCACUUCGCCGCGCAAGGGGGUCAUAAAGCCGUGGUGGAGCUGCUGUUGCGGCGGCAAGCCAAUCCCACAGCGACCAGCAAGCGCAACGAAACGCCCUUGCAGCUCGCCAAGGCAACGGAGGUGGUUGCCGUCCUGGAGGAAGCAGUCCAGGCAUAUCAGCAGGCAAAAGAGGCCCGGGAGGCCAAUGCCGCCGCAGCAGAGGCAGGGGAGGGCGAAGGCAGCGAGGAGGGCGGGCGUCGGCUGCCUAGAAAGCAGCGGCACUUGCGGGGCGCCAACCGUACAACAGAUGCUGACGAGGCUGACGGCCAAGCCCACGCCGGGGACGCCGCGACGACGACGGCUGCAGGGCCAGCGUUGGCGGAACCGGCAAACGGACCUGACUCUCACUCCGCGCCCGCGGCGCGCGUGGGGACCAAGCGACCGAUUGCGAUUGCUCUGGGUCGUAUGGAUGGCGAGGAUGAGGAGGAUGAAGAAGAAGCAGGGCCAUCCGUGAGGCCGCCGGCGCAGCGGCAGGCAAUGGCUGCCCGUCAGCGGGCUCAGGUUACAGCGGCGGAGGCGCCGGUGGCAGCGACAGUGGAGCCAGUGGUGGGGACGCAAGGAGGGGCAGAGCAGGUGGGCGUGGAUGGCGAAAUGGUAGAGGGCGCACCUGCCGAGGGAAAGCAGGAGGAUGGACACCCGGCGGAGAAAUUUUCGGUGGAUGCGGCAUUGCCAGCCGAGGUGCAGCCGGCAGUGGCGGCGGCAGAGCCGUCGCGACCGCUGCCGCCGCGGCAGCCGCAACAGCAACGAAGGGUUGUACCGAUGCCUGCUGCGUUCUUGGAGGAGGACGAGGAGGCGGCCGCGGUGGCGGUAGCAGCCCCGGGCGGCUCGGUAAUGCGUGGAGGCGCUCUUCGGAUUCAAGAUCUAGGCGCGGAAGAUGAUGAGGAGGAAUCCGACUCGGACGAAGAUGAAGAGCUGGUACACAUGCAGGGCUUGGAUGAUAACGAGGGCGUCGAGGACGACGACAGCGAUGAGGAUGAGGAUGUAAGGGGGGAUGGUGAUGCCGGGUAA